GCCGCCAGAAGAUGCGGUCGGCUGGUCUGUGUCUGUGCGUUCUCCUCCUCCUUGCGGCCCCACGUCUGGCGCAAGCUUGUACAACCUAUGCAAUAAGGGGACUCACAACUCGGAUUAACGAAGGACCGCUAAGCAUUUCCGUAUUACUGAAGAGUGACAUCGAACUGUUUAUCUAUGGACCAGACUUAUCCGAGCUUGUGAACAGCGGAGGAGAACAGUGGCAUGAUAUCUCUACGAAAAGCAAUGGGUCAGUGAACUGUGUAAUGUCCCCUACUUUAUGGGUUGGAGAGAAAUGCAGCGCAAAUACCCACUGGCUAAUCCUCAGAAGCAACGUCACGACCCUGUGGAGGCUUGGCUGUUCUGCUGGCUCUGAGAGAUGCAGCCAGCUCCUGGAGACGGUGUUCCUGGGUCUCGACGCCCUUCCCACCACCCUCCACUGGAAGCCUCAGGAUGCGUCUGUAGGCCUGUGGAUGAACGGAAAAGGAUUCCAGAAGCAUUUCAGUGUAACGAACGCCUGGCACGAUUUAAGUAUCAGUCCUGAUGGUGAAGAAAGCCUAUGUAUAGUGCACAGUACGAGCCUAAAUUUUAGUGUUCCUUGUAAUGAGAACGCGACUGAGAGGGACUUCCUGAGGUUUGGCGAGAGAGGCAUUGGCCAGAGCUUCUUCGCGCUGGACUGUGUGCAGAACUCCGUCCUUGGCAGCUGGGGAGCGCCAGUCCUCCUCCUCUUCUCCCUCGGAAUUGUCCUUCUGCUCCUCCUGGCGGUCCUCCUUCGCGUUCGGAAGCGCAGGAGGGUGAAGAAGGACUUGUUCCAUCCCGAGAAGGAUCACCGCUACGUCACCCUCCGCCUCGGUAGUCCUCCGGUGCCUCUCCAUGACAAUAGGGGUCGUCGUCACCUCCUCGAACACCAGAGAGGUAAAUUGGACGACCCCGAAGAGGAUGAAGAGAACGCGUACUGCUACAUGGACCUGGAAGUGUUAAGGAAGCAGUUAGAGAGGGACAGGCAGGCGGCGGCACAGGCACAACAGCAGGAGGGGGACCCAGACGCGGUUAGUAUGUGCAGCCACGACUCCAGGAAUUCCUUAUACGAUGAACUGAAGGCCAUGGAGGCAAUGCAUAAUAGGGAGGGUAAAGGAGAGUAUGAUUAUGAGGAAGAAGACAGGGAUGAGGAGGAAGACAGGGAUGAAGAAGAGGAGGAAGGAGAAGAUGAGGACAGGGAUGAGGAAGAGGAGGAAGAAGAUGAGGACAGGGAUGAGGAAGAGGAGGAAGGAGGAGAUGAGGAAGUGGACAGUGAUGGUGAGGAGGACAAGGACGAGGAACGAAACAGUGAUAAGGAAGAGGAGGACGAAGGAGACGAGGAAGUAGACAGCGAUGAUGAGAAAGACAAGGAUGAGGAAGAUAUCAGUCAUAAAAGGAAGACUGACAUUAGAAAAGGAAUGGAAUAAUAAAAAAAAGAUAAAGAAGAAGGCAGGUAUGAGGAGAAAGAGUACGAUCUUGAACGUGAACUCAACCCAGAGGAGCAGAGAUGCAUGAUAUUGUGCAAAGCAUCAUCAUAAGGAUUUGAAGUGAUAAAUAUUGGUUAAAUAUUAUCAGUAAUGACUGAAGAUUAUUUAAAAAACGAUUGAAAGUGAUGAAUGUUAACAAGAGGUUAUCAGUAAUACUUGAAAAGGACAAUAAUAAUCAAAACUUACUGAUGACGCUUGGAACGCAUUAGAGACAGCAUAAUAAGGACCGAAAAAUAAUAAUUGAUAAUCAGUCUGUUAGAUUUUAGCUUAAGGUUUGCGUCAUUAUAAUACAGAAUCAGAAAGUCUUAAUGACAAAAAUGUAAAUAAAGUAACUCGUAACUUCACUUUAUAAGAACUUUCGACGUAUCUUAACUUAGAUUUGCUUUAUCCAUCAUUCAUUCGUGUUCAGCUUCAGUGUGUGUGUGUGUGUGUGUGUGUGUGUGUGUGUGUGUGUGUGUGUGUGUGUGUGUGUGUGUGUGUGUGUGUGUGUG